AUGGCUGCUUCUCCGUCGUCUGUGACUGUGACUGUGCCUGCGGUGGUGCCGCGCAUGAAGCUGGGGUCGCAGGGGCUGGAGGUUUCGGCGCAGGGCCUCGGCUGCAUGGGCAUGUCCGCCAGCUACGGCCCGCCUAAGCCGGAGCCGGACAUGAUCGCGCUCCUGCACCAUGCAAUUGCCGCCGGCGUCACCUUCCUCGACACCUCCGACUUGUACGGCCCGCACACCAACGAGCUCCUCCUCGGCAAGGCGCUGCAGGGCGUGGCGAGGGAGAGGGUGGACCUGGCCACCAAGUUCGGCGUCUCGUUCGUCGACGGCAAGCGUCAAGUCCGCGGUGACCCGGCGUACGUGCGCGCGGCAUGCGAGGCCAGCCUCAGGCGGCUCGGCGUAGACUGCAUCGACCUCUACUACCAGCAUCGCAUCGACACCAGGGUGCCCAUCGAGGUCACGAUUGGUGAACUCAAGAAGUUAGUUGAAGAAGGGAAGAUAAAGUAUAUCGGGUUGUCUGAAGCAUGUGCAUCAACAAUCAGAAGAGCUCAUGCAGUCCAUCCUAUCACCGCAGUCCAGCUAGAGUGGUCAUUAUGGUCUAGAGAUGCCGAAGAAGAUAUCAUUCCUACUUGCAGGGAACUUGGAAUUGGAAUCGUGGCUUACUGUCCGCUAGGCAGUGGAUUCUUCUCCAGCGGGGAAAAACUGAUGGAUUCCCUACCAAAACAGGACAUACGCAGGAACCUGCCUAGAUUUCAACCAGAGAACCUUGACAAGAAUGUCAAGGUAUUUGAGUGUAUUAGUGAACUGGCAAAAAGAAAGGGUUGCACACCCUCACAACUUGCAUUGGCGUGGGUUCACCAUCAAGGACAAGAUGUUUGCCCUAUACCAGGAACAACAAAAAUUGAGAAUUUCAACCAGAAUUUGGGAGCACUAUCUGUGAAGCUCACACCUGAUGAGAAGGUUGAACUUGAGUCCUAUACUGCUACAGGUAAUGUCCAAGGUGAUCGACAUCAUCAAAUGAAUAACACUUGGAAGAAUUCUGAGACCCCUCUAUUGUCAUCAUGGAAAUAUGAGUAG